CCCUAGAGACAGAUAGGAGUUUAUAUACAGUAUACAGUUUGUCAUGCGACCCAGCUGCCUAGCUCUGCCUGUGUAACUGUCACCUGCGCUCCCAUAAUGCACUGCUCUCAGCAGUGCUACUGGGAGACAUUUCAAAGUGGUUGCCAGAAAAAGUCAUGCAGCUUUUAUCAUAAGUUUCCAAGAAAUAUUGAGGGUCUCUUCUUGCCGCCAACUAAUGAGGCAGGAUCAACAGAAAACAGUAAUAUUGGACCAAAAAUGGCAGGACCAACAAAAACCAGGAUUAUUGAGGCAGGAUCAACAAAAAACAGUAAUACUGACAUUCAGAUAGAGAAUGGCACCAUACAUCAUCUACCUCUGACAGUUAUUAUACGCUUAAUGGAUGACGAAGAUGAUGAAGCAGAUGGCAGUAGAGAACUGAAUGAUAAGAGCAGAGUGAAGACCCAUGAGGAAGAAGAGGAGGAGAAAGCCAUAUUAGCCGUUUGUCGUUCAGCAGGAGACAUAUUUAAGAUCUCAGUUUGUGAAGAUAAAAAAGAACCUGAAGAAGAGUUUCCUGAAGGGAAUUAUAGGAAGGAUGGGAAGAGAUGGAGAAAAAAAUUCUGGUACACCGACCACGAGCCCCGGAACAAUGAAGAGAAGGGGGACUAUGGAGGUGAGAACCCUAGACCGGCGCCUCCUGACAUUGGCGAUAAGGAAAAAUCAGCGCCCUCAAAUGAGAAAGUCCUCCCUGACUUUACAGGACAUGGCAGCCAAAAACCUGCAGAGAACAGCGAAACUCCAGUUCAGGAAAAUGACGGUGAGGCAGAUAAGAAGACAUCAAAACCCAAUGAUCCACCAUCCGGACAUGACCGAUCCCCCAACUGCAAGGGGCCCCAGCAUUAUUAUAGAGGGGAUUAUAGGAAAGAUGGGCAAAGAUGGAGAAAAAAAUACUGGUCCUCUGACCAUGAGUCCGAGAACAAUGCAGAGAAGGAGGAUUAUGAUUACUACGAACCAUACAGGAAGCCCUAUAGGAGAAGAUGGAGGAAGCCAAACAAGAAUGAUGAGAAUCAUAGAGAGGACAAAAAACUGUCUGACCAGGAACAGGGAGAGAAACCUCCAUCCAGCAAUGAUCAUCAGCAGGCAGACAGGAGACAUCAAGGGAAUUAUAAGAAACAUGGGCAGAGAUGGAGAAAAAAAUACUGGCUGACCGACCACGAGCCCCAAAACAGUGCAGAGAAGGGGGACGAUGGAGGUGAGAACCCUAGACCGGCGCCUCCUGACAUUGGAGAUAAGGAAAAAUCAGGGCCCUCAAAUGAGAAAGGCCGCCCUGACUUUACAGGACAUGACAGCCAAAAACCUGCAGAGAACAGCGCAACUCCAGUUCAGACAAAUGACGGUGAGGCAGAUAAGAAGACAUCAAAACCCAAUGAUCCACCAUCCGGACAUGACCGAUCCCCCAACUGCAAGGGGCCCCAGCAUUAUUAUAGAGGGGAUUAUAGGAAAGAUGGGCGGAGAUGGAGAAAAAAAUACUGGUACACCGACCACGAGCCCCAGAACAAUGCAGAGAAGGAGGAUUAUGAUAACAACCAUGCACCUAGGAAACCUUCAGGCCAAGGCAGAAGAAAGGCCAACAAGAGCUAUUAGAAGAACAAUGAGUAACAACAAGGAAGAUGGACCAAGAAUACAAAUAGGCUCACAAAAUAUAAAAGAAAAAAACUAAGAGGCAAAAAAAAAAAAAAAAGAAAAAGAUUUAUGACUUUGCAGGAAUAAAUGGGUUACAGUCACAACAGUGCGUG